AUGGAGAAUAAUAAAACUGCUCUAAAAAUUGAAGAUAUCGAAGGCGAUAAUGAAAAACCGAAUGAAUUACCGACCUCAACGGCUGCUGUCGUGUCACCGACAAACACACAAAAUGAUUUAACUGAAGUCUCAUUACCGCCCAUUAAAGAUAGUGAUCAAUUACUAGAGGACAAGUCAUUUUUAGCUCCUUAUCAAACAUACGGUCAAUCAUGCACUGCGGUUGCAUGUAAUCCAUCACAAGGAUUAACAUGUUCGAAUAAAUCAUGUGGAUGUCCAAAAAAUUACUACUGGUCAACAAAUUCAUCAUUUUGUCGUGCGUAUAAUUUUCUCGUACUACAUACAGUCAGUCCUCUGUCACCAUGA